AUGGCCAAUCUUCUCUUCAAUAAAUUGAUGGAGAGUGCCAAGGCAAUUGAAGGUGGUAAUCUGGAUCUUGCAGAGUCACUUCUGGAGGAAAUCAGACAUCUAGUUUCUACAGAACCCAACAUAGCAACAAGGAAGGUUGUGAAAAACUUUGCAGAGGCUUUAGUCCGGCGAGUCAAUGGACUGCAUCCUCGAUAUCCUUUGCCGUUAGUACCUUCCUCAAAUCUAGAGGACUUCUACAAUUAUGUAUUUUAUCCUUUCUACUGGUUUUCUUACUUCACCACCACGCAUGCCAUCCAUGCCUUCCGCACUGGAAAUAAACCACUCCAUGUUAUUGAUUUCUCAGUCAUGCUAUACACCUCUUUGUGGCAUGAUUUGAUGCGAGAUCUUGCGAAUCAGCCUGGUGGCCUGCCAUCUUUUCGGUUGACCAGCAUCGUGCCGAAACUGUCAAGGAAUUUUGACUACCUACAACAAAUACGCAGUAAACUCACUCGAGCUGCUGAACGGCUCAGGGUUGAUUUUGAAUUGAGACAAGUGGUGGCCAAUAAUGCGAAAGAAAUCAUUGAAUGUUGUGUGUCUAAGAUCAGAAGGACAAGGGAGGAUGAGAUGCUAGUCGUGAGAUGGUCGUUUUCACUUCACAAGUUGCUUUCACAGGAAGGUGCCCUUGAGCAGGUGCUCUCAAAGGUGAAGGAUUUAAAACCAGACAUCAUGAUAAUUGUCGAGCAGGAAGCCAAUCAUAACGGGUCUGAUUUCAUGGACCGGUUUGUCAAGUCAUUUCAAUACUACUCCACUAUUUUUCACUCACUAGAGGAGGACAACUUCUACCGCGAUGUGGAUGGCAUGGAGUUGUGGAAGAGGAAUUUCAGACGGCAAAUUGGGAACGUGGUGGCAUGUGAGGGCAUUGACAGGGUCGAGCGGCAUGAGUCAUUGUAUCAAUGGCAAGAGCGGCUAUUGCAUGCUGGGUUUCAUCCAAUGCAACAGUGGUGGAAGAACGAUAGACAUACUCUCCAGUUGAAAUACAGAAUACAAGAGAAGGAUGGACAUCCUAUGCUAUAUCGGCACAAUUGCCCCCUUCUUGUCACCUCGGUUUGGAAACACUCUGACCCAUCUCAGUUCAGUGAUGGUUCUAUCACAUUACAAGAUGUAACUAUGUUCCCUCUAGCUGAGAAGUCUGACUUGAUGACUUCUUCUGAGUCUGUGGAUGAACAAGCAGAUGAUAGGGAAGACAGUAUGUGGUCUCCAAGGGUAGCUUUCUAA